CCUUCCGUUGUCAGAUCUUCUUCCCUACCUCCAACCUUCGACCCCUCCCCCUCAAAUUCCGCCUUCUGCCGGCCUAACGUUGACUAGUCGAACCACCUUCUACUCAUACUUAAUUUUAUCCCCAACAUUAUCUCUGUCUCUGACAUAACCAAUUAAUUAAAAAUCAUUCCCCAAAUUCAAGCUUAAAUUUAUUUAUUAUCCAAUACUUAAUUACUUACUUAAAUUCCAAAAUCCACAAUCCCAUUUUAUAAAUAUUUGUUAUCUUUCCUUUGUAAUUUUGGGAGUAUUUUACUAUUUCAUAGUACUAUAUUUCGUGGACACCCCUUCUUUCAUAAAGGACAAGUUCAAGAUUUUUUUCCAGCUAAAGUUUCAAGUUUCUGGGUAAAUUGUUGGGCCGUCGCCAAUGUUGAUUGUGUAGUUCAACAUCUUUCCAACUCGCUUAAAGGGUCAGAAACACUAAAAUCAAUAAUUCAGGGAUGAAGAACAUGUCUCCGACACUGGAAGCAAUCCGAGGUGGUGGAGGUUCCAUCAAGGUAGGCGCCAUUGGAACAAUUAGUUCUUUGAUGACGAGGGAAAUCGAAUCUUCAUCAAGCUCCACAUCAUCCCCACGUACCCCGGCUCGCAGUGUUCGUGGUAAUGGUCCUCUAAAGCCACGGAAAUCAAUGACUGAAGCAAGCAGCAGUAGCACUACCUCCAGUACUAAGCGUAGAACCCCUGAAGUUCUCAAAUCAACAAAAAGCCAAAAUCCUAGCACUAUAAAUCCUAAACAACCUAAACAAAAGACACCACUGGAAGACGUGGGAAAUAAUAGCACUGAUAGCCCGCGAAUCAGCAAAAGAAGCCCAGAUUCAUCAGGCAAACCACGAAGCCAAAAACGUAGUUAUCACAUCCCUAUGCUUGGUUCUGAAAACAUCCAUUUGGAGAAAACUCCUAUUCGGGAAAAAUCCACGAAGAAAGGUUUUAAUGUUGUUGAUAUAGUGGACAUACACUGCGGGAACCCAGGAGGUUCAUUAAGCAAUAGACUGAAAAAGCUUAACUUUUCAAAGCUUUCUCACAGCUUCAUGUAGUCGAACAUUUUGAUUUUCCAUCAGUCGGUCUUCAGGUUUUUGUAGUUAAACUCAACAGUAGAGUUUAACCUUCUGCUAUUUGAAACUUCAACCAUUGAACACAUGUUUGAUAAGAAGAACUUGCUCGCACCUCGUUUCUUCUUCUUUUGUGAGAGCACCACUAAUUUGGAAUUGGGUUCUCUUGCAAUAUCUCUACUACAGCCUACCUGAUCUUUUUGACAGUAGUAUGUUAUCUCCUGCAUUAUGAGGGAGCCAACAGUUCCUUUGGUGCCGAUUUCGAUUGGAGUUUUCGUAGCCAUUUGUUUAUGCAAUUUCUAUGGUUAAAUUGGCCUGUGGGUUGUGAAGAGUAAACUUCUUGAUUGGUCAGGUUGGUUGUUUAUGGUAUAGGGCUACUGCUAGAUGGGUCUUAUACUCGGAAGAUUAUGUUGUUCACAUGAAUUUGUUGCCUCAUGUUCUUUAUCUAAAGGUUAUUGUCAUGGGACUCUUUGGUAGGUGGAGCCUUGGAGCUAAUAUUGUUGAUGGGAUCACCAUAAUCUUGUGUUUGCAGGUAUAUCCGUAUAUGUAAUAUCAACUUGCAAUCUUGCAUUUAAUUCCCUUGGUUUUAAUAGCUCGGGCCCUUAUUUAUUUUGUUAUGUAGUACAGGAUGAGUUGGGAGCUAGGUGUUUAAUACUUGUGUGACACUGUGAUUAUCGUCAUAACAGUCGUUUUUGGCUGUUAAGUUGGGUCGACUUGACCUAUGCGAGGUUAUUGUUUCGAUAGGAUACUUAUCUCUCACCAAAUAAAGAAACUAGUUUUUCA